AUGGGAGUCACUAGUGUCGGAGUUCCAGUCUGGAAGAUUCAGCUACUGAUCCUGCUGAGUGGAGUUGUUCUCACCGUUCAAGCUGCCCCUGCCGAGGUAACCGAAGGAGUGACCCAUCCCACAGCUGAGCAGUUGCAAACGGAGUCUCGUUCCCGUAAAGAUGAAGACGUGGACCUCGAAGAAGACCUGGAUGGACGCAAUGCCUACAUCAACAAUCAGUUUGUGCCAAGCGAACCUGCGGAAGUUCUAGAGGAUGUGCAGAAUACGCCGCUCUACGAGAUCCUUCAGAAGCAGAUGGAGCAAGUGCUCGCCUCGUCGGCUUCCAAUGACCCUGUCUACGAGCAGCACCGCGAAAAGCAGGAUCGCCGCGACCAGAAACCACAACACCACCCACCGUACUUCUCCGGUGGAGAUCGAGAUAGUGAUCUACAGGAUGACUACGAGGACGAGGAGGAUCAGACGGAUCAGGGCUAUCCGGUGGACCCCGAGAAACCGGACGCCAUGUCAGAUGCUUCCGAGGAUGAGGACUCAGGCUACCAGGCACCUUCGUUGACCCUCCCAACCACCACCACUCGCAAACCAUACAGACGACGCAGCACAACCACGUUUCAGCCACGAACAACCAGGACAAAAACCACUGCACAGCCCAGGGUCUCGGAAAGACCAUUGAACCAAACCAGCACCACGGAGCAAUUACCAACUGUGACCACCAGCACUCCUCGGCCCAAGAUUAGUUCUAGCACCAAACCCAAGACAAAUCCUCAGCCGGGAAACAGCCUGCCUAGUGACCCGCAGGUUUACCAGCACAAGCGUCGUGUCAUCUUCAAGACCAUCUCAACGGGCUCCCAGUUCGUCAACUCGCCCAUUGGCGACCUAAUGAUCAAGUUCUCCAUCGGAUUCGCCAAGCCAACUACUCCGGGUGGAGCUACGAGUACUACGAGUGCACAUAGUUCGUCCAGCGAGGCUUUACGUGCUCUUUCUCAAAACUUAAUUCGAAAUUUUGAACUUCAGAAACUAAGAAGAGCUAAUAAAGUGCAAAAAUAUUAGAAAUACAUUAUUA